CUCAUUGGGGCUGUCUGAUUUAAUAGGUCCACAGUCAACAUUCCUCUCUCCCACAUUUCGUCGAUCCAGUUUAUCCAGUUCUUCGUUUCUCUCAAUUGUUCUUUCUUCGUUCGCUUUGUUGACGGUACAGGGCGUCGCUCCCCUCGAUAGCCGACCUUCGCGUUGAAUUGCCUAGAGGGACGUGACGCCUCCGCGGUGAUAAUUGAUCGCCUUUUUGCAAGAUGGCCGACGCCUCUUCCAUUACUGUCGCGGUCAGAGUAAGACCGUUUACAAUUCGAGAGGCAGCACAACUCUCAAAAUGUGAAGAUGGUCCAUUAUUCCUUGGUGACGGGUCACUGGCGGCAGCGCCGACACCCAAGCUUAAUCAAAAGGGUCUUCGCUCUAUCAUCAAAGUCAUUGAUGACCGAUGUCUUGUUUUCGAUCCCCCUGAGGACAACCCUGUCCAGAAAUUCUCGAAGAGUGUCGUACCAAAUGGCAAACGCGUCAAGGACCAGACGUUUGCUUUCGAUCGGAUCUUCGACCAGAAUGCCUCACAAGGCGAGGUCUACGAGUCAACAACUCGAGGCCUUCUCGACAGUGUUCUAGAUGGGUACAAUGCUACGGUGUUCGCUUACGGUGCAACGGGUUGUGGAAAGACUCAUACAAUUACUGGAACCGCCCAACAACCCGGAAUCAUCUUUAUGACGAUGCAAGAGCUUUUUGAGCGUAUUGACGAACGAUCCGAUGAGAAGGCGACCGAAAUCUCGCUCUCCUACCUGGAAAUUUACAACGAAACGAUUCGUGACUUGCUUGUGCCGGGAGGUAGCAAAGGAGGUCUGAUGCUCAGGGAGGAUUCCAACCACUCAGUCUCGGUGGCUGGCUUGUCAAGCCAUCAUCCGCAGAAUGUCCAGCAAGUGAUGGACAUGAUCAUGAGGGGCAAUGAAUGCCGCACAAUGUCGCCAACGGAGGCCAAUGCUACUUCUUCGCGGUCGCAUGCGGUUCUCCAGAUCAAUAUCGCGCAGAAGGACCGGAAUGCGGAUGUGAAUGAGCCCCACACGAUGGCAACAUUGAGCAUAAUCGACCUUGCAGGAAGCGAGCGCGCCAGCGCUACGAAAAACCGAGGCGAACGACUGUUUGAGGGUGCCAACAUCAACAAAUCCCUUCUAGCCCUCGGAAGCUGUAUCAACGCGCUCUGCGACCCCCGAAAGCGAAACCAUAUCCCUUAUCGGAACUCGAAACUUACUCGGCUAUUGAAAUUCGCGCUGGGCGGCAAUUGCAAGACCGUCAUGAUUGUCUGCGUCAGCCCAUCGAGCCAGCAUUUUGAUGAGACACAGAAUACAUUGCGCUACGCCAACAGGGCAAAGAACAUUCAAACGAAAGUCACGCGGAAUGUUUUCAAUGUUAACCGCCACGUUAAGGACUUCCUGGUGAAGAUCGACGAACAGAUGGCUUUGAUCAAUGAAUUGAAGGCUCAACAGAAGAAUUAUGAAAAGCUUGCGUUUGCCAAAUUCAAGAAGCAGGCCGAAAAGAAGGACGCCGUCAUGCGGGAGGGAGUGGCUCGUAUCCGCAACGCUUACGAACACUCGUUGCCAGAAAGGCAAGAAAGGACCAACAACAUGAUCAAGUUGAGACAGAUUGGCCGCCGGAUCGGACUGCUGUCAUCUUGGAUCGCUGCGUUCGAUCACGUCUGCGCAUCUUCGGAGGUUGAACAUCCAUUAUCCAAUCUCAUAGUUAUCCGCAAAACAGCGCAAGGAAUCCUUCUCGAACUGGAGAGUAGCAGGCAACACUAUCAUCAGCGGUUAGCGAAGUCCACUUGGGACCGUGGUUUGGUCAGCGCUGUCGAGCAUGCCAUCCGUCAGCUGCAGGAGUUCAAUUUCAAUGACAGUAGCGAUAUUGACAACAUCCAUCGCGAAGCAGAGUUUCUGAGAGCGAAUACAGAGCGCGAGGCCCUAUCAGCGGUUGCUGAGCAGGACAAAGCUGGAGACGCAGCCACCGUGCAAGUGCUCCUUCAAGCGCAAUUCGAGAUGAUCUCCGAGAUCAACAAUAUCAUGGAGAUGAGUGAAGAUGAUGCUAUUGAGACAGGCAGAAAGAUUCUUGCUAAGAUGCUCAGUUCCUGCUCCACUGUGACAUCUAGCCUAGUUAAGCCUGACGGUAGUGUUCCGUCUCUUCUACCAGCCAGUCCCAUCAAGAUUAUGAGCUCUCCUAAGCAGAAGAAGAGGGUUAGUCUGGCCGCCGCCGCGCCCAUCGCUCGAGUCACACAUGCACCUGUGAUCUUGACUCCAGCAGCCCCACCUUCCCCUACCAAGGGAUCACCCCGACGUCGCAAGCUGAAUGUUGGAAGGAAGAGCGUCAGCUUUUCGCCCAAAAAGGCCCCGCCAAAGCCGACCAAGAGAAGUGUGCGGUGGAGGGAUGACGAGGAAGAUGGUGCUUUAACGGAGGUCCAGAAGACCCCUCAGAAACCCGGUCUGGCCACGGUACCAGAAAGCAGCCCCAGCGACCCUCCAUUGCCUCGAGCAUCUCCUAUCCCACGUGGAAUCCCCGUACCUACUCGCAAUUUCAGUCCGUCCAGCGGAUCGUCUCCUAUUUCAGCCGUACCAGAGCCCACGUUGAACAUCCAGAAGAACAAUAACAGAUUCAAGACUGGGUUUCUGUCGAAAAAGAACGGUAGCUCGCCAAUGGGACCCCCUCCUACAUCCACGCUUCCAUUGUCCGACAAUGAGAACUCACCUCUCCGCGACAUUGACAACAGUAGCUUCCUGAACCGUUCGUCAGUCGAGCGCCCCUCGAGAAUUGCGGUCCGAACGCCGAGCGGAAGCUAUACCAGCAGCCCUGCCUCAGAAACCAAAACCGCAACAAGCUGGAAGGCAAGCAAAGAUGACGCGAUUAAGAUUACGUCUGCAAUGAGGCGCAUCUCGGGAGGCUCAUUCGGCAUUGGGCCCUCAGCCAACGCACUCCGUGUUCAUCGUCGACGAAGUCCAACAGCCGUCGCUUAUGGCAGUUCCCCGACGGAGAGUACCAUGUUCACCGCAUCGCAGGCGAGACGCAUGGUCAAGAGUGAGAAGGAGGAGACCAAACCUCGUGUGCUGAGUCCCCGCGCUCUCCCGAUCAUGAAAAAUACACAAAGGCGAAGCACGUUGGGGGGAGAUAUCCGCCCACGUGAUAUCAGUCUUACGAGUCGCGAUGCCAUUCGCCUCAGCAUGGUGGCGGCCCCUACCCUGGAGAGACCUCCAGAGAACCUCUAUCCCAGCAAUGGAUUUGGCAUGAGGUAGAUUUGAAAUUGUUUAGUAUCAUUGCAUUGGUGAUAUGGGUUGCUGGUACGGUGUUUCGGAACAGAUACCAUUUGCUUUCUUCUAUCUUGAAAUUGAGACCGCACGAUCUGGGAUCCGGUUUGAACAAUAUACUAUACGUCUUUCAGCUGGAUGAGUUUGAGUUUCAUCCUGGGCUUGGAAAGACAUUUUAUUUUCACCUCUUAUUUCACUGUUGAUGGUUUAUGCUUCUUUCAUUUUUCCUUGAGUAGCAUACACUUUUGCUCGGGAUUUGUACUGUACAAUAACAGCUUGCUGAAAGGCUCCGGUGGCUAUUUUUGCCUCUGCACGGGGUUAUGAAUUAAGCGCCCC